AUGUUCAAUGAUUAUGAGGAGGGAACUUCACGAUUUCCGGAACAAUUGGGAGAAGAAUCUGAUAAAAUUCAGUUGAGAGAAAUACCGCCCACCCCGAUUAAAACAACCUUUGAUGUUGAAAGGGAACCAAGGACGAGAGCGAAUUCAGCAGUAUCAGAUAUCUCAUUUGUCUCAGCAGUUUCAGUAACAGAGUCUGAAUAUCUUAAGACGAUCGCUUCACCACCACGAAGUGUUUCUAAGACUCGGGGGCGAAGUCAUUCGAAUGAAUCGAGAUAUUCAAUUUUUCCCUCCGAGGUACCAAGACGAAAAUCAACUGCGUCGACGAAGACAACGAGAACAUCGAAGGCGAGAGCAACUUCUGUGGCCGCUUCAGAAUGGUCGACCACGCUCGAUGUACCAGUGCGCUCAGAGACCAGAGCCUCAAAAGCACCCAGAGCUUCGGGAACUUCGAGAUCGAGGUCUAGUUCAAGAUCGCCUUCCAGGUCGCCUUCGAGGUCGAGAGGAUAUUCAAAUACAGAUUCUGAUAGGACGAUUAGUGUUGAAGUACCAGCGAGAGCCGGCUCCAUUUCUUUGAGACCAAGGGGAAUUUCUAAUUCUGAUUCAAUGGUCUCUGCGCGAACAUCGAUUUGUCAAGAUUGGGGAGAUCACAGAAAUCUUCUCACAACUCAGCAUCCACCGCGUACCGUUCCCCGAAAUGAUUUGAUGGCGCAAUUUGAGGAUUUCGUGGAUGAAAUCGAUGAGGUUCCCACGAAAAGGUCAACAUUAAAGCGAAUUAUAGCCCCCUCGAAGAAGAAAGCCAGGUGGAUGCCGUUUAACAACUUCAUUCGGAAUCAUAUGGACAACAAAUCCAACACAUUCGACGAAAAGGCCAAGAAUUCUGAUGGAGCUGAAGUGCGACGAUGGAAAAGCCGAUGUUCUAUUGCCGCAGCAUUCGCGGGCUCUGUGCUUGUCAUAUAUAUAGUAUUUACGAUAUGGGCAUCCCAAAGAUCAGGAGACAGCACAUAUAUCGGAACAAUAUAUGAGGGAGACUGCUCCACGGUCAACGCGACAAAUCUUGGCCUACACAUACUAAUUAAUGUAAUAACUAUGGCCAUUUCCAUAGCCAGCGCUUGCGCUCUGUACUUUUUAAGCUCUCCGACAAGAAAAGAGAUAGAUGAAGCUCACGCAAGAGGAAGAAGUUUUGAUAUUGGGGUGUUAAGUUUACGAAAUCUAAGAAGUCUCAAGAAGAAAGUCAUGUUUGGGCUCCUCAUACUAUCUUCUCUGCCCAUUCACUUUCUUGGAAACUCAAUGGUGUUUUCAUCUCAUUCAGAAGUCGACUAUGACGUUAUUAUAGCUAGUUCGCAAUUCCUGGACCAAACAUCGGUAGAUUGCUCGCAGGAUGUUGCAGCAACAUGUGGGGAAACCGAUCAUCACCCCAGAUUAUGUGAAACUCAUCUCCUCAACGCCACUGAUUUACAAGAUACCUCGAAUCUGUGCAAUACUUCCACAAGCCUACAUCAAAAUGCCAAUCAAAAAAAGUUUCAGCGCCUCAAUACCACGGAAUGUCUAACAGCUUACUCAACUCUCUCAAAUCCAUCUUUGAACUACGGAAAUGUAUUGGUAAUCACCCAAAACCAGCCACUAUUCACCAACAACACUAUUCUUCUCGCAUUCCAUCAUAUGACAUAUUCAUCCGUUCUCAGCGGUCACGGAUGGACAUGUGGACCCGAUGAUCCUCUACCUGGACAAGGGACCUGCGAUAUACCUAAUCUCAUCCUCAAUGCCGAUAUCUGGACACUUGGACCUUCGAUGCUCCCUACCACGUCCAACUCAACAUCGCUCGCUUCUUACGAAAGAUGGAGAAUUGAUCAUUGUCUUGUGGAGACUCUUCCCUUCCAGCCAAUGUGCCAAUUGCAGUAUAGUCGUCUAGUCAUGAUCUGUAUAAUUAUCGCAUCUGCGGUAAAAUUCAUCUGCAUACUUUUCAUAGCUAUUACCAUGACCAAGCCAGUUCUAUCAACAGUUAAAGACGCCGUUACCUCAUUCCAAGGAAGGCCCGAUGCGGUAACAUCAAAUCGAAAUUUUGUUCAUCGAAAUUCGGCGUGGAAGUCCAAAGAUGGACUAUUGAUCUUAGAACUAGAAGCCGAGGGAAGGCCUAGGAACUUACGGUGGUAUCAUGGAGCGAACUUACCAUUGUGGCUCUCUACUUUGUUCUUAUGCACCGUACUCCUAGCCAUCCCUCUCAUUCUCCUCACCACCGCCACCGUACCGAUCCCGAGCCCCUAUUCCAUUAGACUUGGAAAUUACUCACCACUCGCCAUCAUAAAAAUCUUCUCCUGGUCGAGCAAAGCUUUCGUUCCUCUCCCUGUGAUAACAAACACCCAACUCUUUCCGACUGUUCUCCUCACCAAUCUCCCUCAAUUCGCAAUCUCCAUUCUACUUUUCCUCUUCGCACAAGCGCUAUUCGUACAUCACGUGGAAGUUGUCGGGAGCGAUGGAUCGAAAAGACCUUUCGAGUAUAUGGAUUUGGGAUACAAUCCUCUGGGAAUCUUAACCUCGUUGGUAUUUGGUGGCGGUAUGCUAGGAAUUUUGAUGGCGAGUGGACUGUGGAGGUUGAGUGGGGGUCAGCUGGUUGGUAGCGAGAGCAUGGACAUUGCGGCGGCUUGUAAGAAUAGUUCAUGA